AUGAGUCUCUCGCGUCCUUCCUUUUUACUAAAUUGGACCCGAAAACCUUUCCAAAGAUCUUUCAAGGCUCUUACUACGAAAACUUCCCAUACUCAUCGGACUUAUUCUACUGCCAACGACCCGAAUGUGUCAAAUUCUGACUUCGGCGAUGAUCUAAUUCCCAAGCACAGCAUCUAUUAUGAAGAGUCAAUGAAGAUAAUUAGUAAAAUCGAGAAGGAGCUCGAGGAAAAACGUCUUUUAACGGAACAAGUGAAUAUGCUAGAGUUGAUUAGGUUGAGAUCAAUGUAUUUCAGAAUGGUGAAGGAGAAGGGAACUGUACUUAGGAAACAACAGUCGCAACUAGAUACUAUGGAGAUGGAACGCAGACAGACCUUUAAAGUUUUCUUACCAAACUCACUCCGCCAAGCCAAUAAAUUCCCGCAGUUGGAAAUCAUCUUUGUCGCUACCUUCGGAAUUUCAAAGGACGACGUCAAACCUUUGUUGGUAAUGGACGAACGUUGUGAUGAGAAAUUCAGAGUACAGUAUACUUUGGAAGGUCAUGGAAUGAUUUUCAAUCAUCUCAUGCCGGACAAAUUUCCACCAAUAUUCAAAGAAUGGCUGGAGACGAUUCGAGAGGUCAAAGGCCAAAUCGACAAUGCAGAAGUGGCAUAUGGAGGAAGCGCCGACAUCGAGGACGACGAUGAACCAACGGCGCUGGAUUUAAUUUCCAAAGUUGAUGUCAGAUUGUAUUUGAAAGCUAAGGAAUUAGCUGAGGCUUGCGACCUCGCUUACUCUGAUGAUUUUAAGACUUCUGGUAAAUCUACUUAUCCCCUUUGGGAAUACAAGGAUAGAAUGAUUGCAGAAUGGGAAGAAAGGGAAUUGAUGCCAGAGUUGAUGGCGGCUGCAAAGGCCAAUAGGAAGAUCUACUGGAGGUAUCUAUGA